AUGUCGUCCAGCAGCAACAUCUCCGAAUUAUCGGCAGAUACGUUCGCCGAACUACUCUCCGGUCCUCUCCUCGAGAUUACGGUAGGUGCCGAGCGCAAGAGUUGGCACAUCCACCAUAACCUUUUGCGCCAUCACUCGAAAUACUUCGAUGACGAUAACUUGAUAAAUGGUGAGGAGAAGCGUAUCAGAGACGGAAAGGUCGACCUGCCCGAGGAAGAUCCAAGCGCUUUUCGCGUCUUUGUGAAGUGGCUAUAUCAAGGUCGCAUCGAUGACGUUUCGACCUUAAAGGCAGAUCAGAAAUGGAACUACGCUUUUGCCUGCCAGAAUCUGUACAUACUCUGCGAGAAAAUAGGCAUGCACGAGCUGAAGAAUCAGGCAAUUGAUCAGUUUCGGAAAGGAUGUUACGAGACACGACUCGUGCCUGGUGGGGACGAGAUACGACCUAUCUAUAAUCGCACUGCUGUCAACUCUCCCUUUCGAAAGCUUGUCAGCAGGAUCGCUGCAAGGCAGAUCAUGGACCCUGAUUCCAGAAGAGAUGCUUCGAUGUAUCUCGAGUGCUUCAAGGCUGCUCCCAAUUUUGCUGUCGAUGUGCUCAAUGCGAUCAGAGAAGGCACGGAGGGUGUCUUGCUGGACGAUCCGACAGAGGGCAACAGUUGCCGCUACCACGAACAUGUCAAUGGCGAAACAUGCUGUAAGACAGUACAUUUCAAGGAUGGGGUUUGA